AUGACUUUUGAAACUACCGAUUUCAAAAAAAUGCCUGAUGGCUUUGAAUCUGACAGAGAAUCUUUGCAUUAUCUUACUCCAAAUAAAUCACUAACAUCGCUUUCUGAAUACUCCUCAUCUGAAGAAGAACUUGGCGCAACCACUAACCAACCAUUAAUACAUAAUGAUGCAGUUUCUUUGCAACUUCAACAGUAUCAAGGUGAUAUGGCAACACCUGGUGGUACUAUUGGAAUGAAGAACUUGAAAAAUCAAGGCUAUGCUACUGUACCUAACUACCUUACUGAAACGCUUGCAGGAAUGUCACGGUUUCAUGAUCAUCAAUUUGUUAAAAAUCAUCAUCGUAUUUCUCUUAAACCAAUAAUGGAUCGUGCUGAAGAUGAUGAUAAUUCAGAUAAAAAUAAAGUUAUCAUUAAAGAUUGUAAAACUGGUGAGAUUGUAGAGUUUUUUCAACGUAGUUUGAUCACUCCAAUUUCAUUAUAUGGUAAAAGAAUAAGAUAUUCAGUUUUUGAAUAUGAACCUUUAUUGGAUUCUUGUAAUAUGUCGAGUGAUGAUUGGGUACGGAUAGCCACUGACAUCGAAUUGAAUUAUCAAUCAUAUGAUGCAUUUAUUAUUUUACAUGGCACAGAUACAAUGGCAUACACAGCUAGUGCACUUAGUUCACAGGUUCCUUUAUCUGAAGUCCGUAAUGAUGCAGUUGAAAACCUUUUAGGUGCUCUUACAAUUGCUGGUCAUUAUGUGUUACCAGAAGUUACUUUAUUUUUCAAUAACAAACUUUUUCAUGUAAAUUGGGCAGAAGUUGUUAGACCUUUUGCAAUUGCAAAAUUUAAAGCACACAAAAAUCUUAAUAGAAAUGUUAGUAGCUUAAGAUUAUUUCCUGGUAUAACAGAAACUACAGUAAAAGCUUUACUGGCGCCACCCAUUGAGGGUGUUAUUUUAGAAACUUAUGGGGCUGGAAAUAUACCAGAUACUAGAGAUGAUAUAAUGAACGCUUUGGGUGAAGCGAGUGAUAGAGGUGUUGUAAUUGUUAAUUGUACUCAAUGUAAAAAAGGUUUUGUGACUGAUAUCUAUGCCACCGGAAAAGCUCUUUCAAGAGUUGGUGUUGUAUCUGGUAACGAUUUGACACCUGAGUGUGCUUUAGUUAAACUUUCAUAUUUACUUAGUGAAAAUGAAAACGGUACAAAAAUUUCACCCGAAACUGUCAGAAAUUUAAUGACAAAAAAUCUUCGUGGUGAGUUAACAAUUUUAUCACCAAGACCAAGAUUUACUUUUCAUAAUCGUACACACAAAAUUAUACAAAAUAUGAUAUAUGCAGCUUCUGAUUUGAAAAAAAAUAGUACAUCAGAUUUGGCAUUAACGAUAAAUGUUCAGGAAAAGGUUUUGAUGGAAAAAACUUUAUAUCCUAUAUUAUUGUGUUCAGCUGCUGGAACAGAUGAUCUUGAUGGAAUGUUGUUAUUAUGGGAAAGUUAUGAAGGUUUAUUACUUAAUUGUAUAGAUUAUGAUGGAAGAACCCCUUUACAUAUUGCAUGUUCAUGCGGUCACCAACGUAUUGUAGACUUUUUGCUACAUCAUGGUGCCUCAGUUCAUAUGAGAGAUAGAUUUGGCCAUACACCUCUAUUUGAAGCAGCAAGAAACAAAAAUAAGCAUAUAAUCAAAUUAUUACGUGAAGCUGGUGCGCAUUUUAAUGAUGCUGAGAUUGAUGAUGUGAUGUUUCAAGCAUUAUCUGCUGCAUCAAAAAAUGACGUUGAACUAUUAAGACAUUUUGUGGAUUCUGGAAUGGAAAUUAACAGAACGGGAUUUGAUCGUCGUACAGCAUUACAUCAUGCAGUAGCAGAAGGGAGUUUGGACACUGUUCAAUAUCUUUUACUAUUGCCCGAGUUAAACAUAGAAACAAAAGAUCGGUGGGGAAGAAAACCUAUUGAUGAUGCUGAGAUGAACCUUGGACGUAUGUGGGGAAGAGAUUGUGAUAGAGAGAAACAAUUUCGUGAGAUUGUUAGAUUAUUAAGAGAGAAAUCUGUUCAAAAAGUCAUCAUCGAUAAUGGUAUAAUAAUUUUGGUGAAUGAUGACGGAAAAUCAAAUAUAAACAAUAAUAAUAUUGAUGCUG